AUGGCCCACAAGAUAAACCUAAUAUUGAUUUAUAUAAAUGUGGAGGAAGAGGAAGAUAUGUGCAUUAAAAAUGUGGAUAAAUGUGAAGAGUUGAUGCAACAAAGUGCGAAUAGUAACAAAGAUAAAGCAAUGGCUGAAAGAGGUAAAGAUGUGAUUAGCAAAAACGUUGGUAACAAUGAAAGAAAAGCAUUCAAAGAAGAUCCAAAGCCUGAUGCACCAAAUUGUGGCAUAAGUUUAAUCAACAUAUUUUGGAAUAAUAUCAGAAGUGGCAAUUCUAAUCAAGUUGGAUUAAAGAAAGAAAAUGCUGAAGAAAAUGAUAUUGUAAGUAAUGAAUCGAUUAGUGAGAUAAAUGAUCGAGGAUUGGAUGACUUGGAAGCUAAAGAAGAAAUGACUAGUAAUGAAAAGGAUGAACACAAGAAAUUUGUCUAUUAUUUUGAUAAAUCUGAUCAGAUAAAUGAAAGGGAAUCUAAAAACAUAUUUGAUGCAUUUAUUGAAGAAGAUUUAAUUGACUUUGGAUGUGUUGCAGAGGAGUCAGUGAUAAAUAAUAAUAGUAGAGGGGUAAACAAUGCUGGAAUUGAAAAAGUAGAUAAAGUUGCAAAUUCAUUAAGAAAUGAUAACUCUGAGGAAUUCAAGUGUGGUAUGAAUUUGUGCAAGUGGUAUUGGCAUACAAACUUUGAAGGUCUUGAGUAUGGAAAUAAAGAAGGUAAUUCAGUAAUAAAGAAUGAGAAUGAAAUUGAAGUCAAAAAAAUGAAGUUGUUAAUGAUGAUAAUGACAGGACUAUGGUGA